GCGUAUUUAAAGUGCGAUUGCGUCCCAGCUUCACGACGUAAGCUGUCCCAAUUCAGGAUGCACCUUCCGUGUGCAUUCCAAGGCCGAAUGCGUCACCGCGGCCCGACGAAGGCUGCCGCAAUUCGAAAGUGACUUCAAACGCGGCCUCCGAAUUCCAGGAAAAUGAAGUGUACAUCUGCGUGGAUCUGAAGGACUCGGCCCGGCUAUACAGAGCUCUGUUCAGCAAUUUUACAGAAACUGAAGAAAAACAAUGGAUCAUCGCCAUGCUGAGUUUGUGGAUACGUAUUAUGCAAAUCUCAUUCAGAGAGUUACAUCUGUGAUGCCCAUCACUGAUAAGCUGUAUCAAAACAGAGUGCUUACCAGAGAAGUGUAUUCGAAGAUCACAAAUGCACCUACUCCACAAGCCAAAAUGAGAGAGCUCUUGUACUCUGUGAAAGCUGGAGGACCUGAAGUAAAAUCCGCUCUGUACAAAGCACUGAAAGAAUAUGAGCCUUAUUUAACCCAACACCUGGAAGGGUCAUCCUCACAGGCAGGCCAUGAAAAACAGGUAACUGAGUCUCACAGUCAAAGAGCAGAAGUAGAAAAGUAUCAAGCUAAGACACACAGACCUGAGAACAAUAUCAUCAGGUGGAACCCAUCCUCAAUAAAGUACAGAAGUGAAAUAGAGGUGCUCUGGAAAGAUUCCCGCAGAAAAAAAGGUCGGGAACCUCUACUUUUCCAGAAGUAGUAAAUGCAUUAUUGGCUCUGGAGGAAGUGGCACAGUAUAUCUUGGCCUGAAGGAAGAUGGCACUGAGGUGGCCAUUAAACGAAUAAUCAAGGACCAUCGGAAAAGCAAAGACUUUGAAAAUGAACUAAAGCAUCUACGAGAUUUAAAUCUCGAGAGUAAGAACAUUGUCAGGUACGUGGACUUAGCAGAGGAUGAAGACUUUUAUUAUCUUGCACUACAGCUUUGUGAAUAUGAUAUGGAGGAUUACAUGGAAAAUCUUCGUCAGGAAGAGCACAAAGAAAAAGCUUUGAGGAGAAUAGUGAAGGAGAUUCUUCUUGGCCUUCAAGUUCUUCACCGUGCUGGAGUGAUACAUCGUGACAUAAAGCCUGGAAAUGUCUUGAUAGAUUCAGGAAAAAAUGCCAGGCUGGCCGACUUUGGCUUAAGUCGCAAGCUGGAGGAGGGCAGAAGCACAGUGCAUACUGCUAGAGCUGGUACACUUGGCUGGGAAGCAACAGAGAUCCUGAAUCAAGAUGCGGGUUACAAGAAGAGCUCAGACAUCCAGGUUGCUGGGAUGUUGGUGUACUACAUCCUCUCUGACGGGAAACAUCCUUUUGGGGACGUGAAGGAUCGUGAGGAGAACAUCAAGAAAGGGCAGCACUCACUUGAAGAUUUACAAGAUAUAGUAGCAAAGGAUCUCAUAGAGUGGAUGAUCAACAAAGAACCAGCAGAGAGACUGACCAUUGAUGAGGAAAACUAAAAUGCUUAGGAUGCUAGGAGAGAUAGAGGAAGUCCAAAACAGAAAUUUAGAAAAUCUUUCUAAGCUUUGCGACUCUGCAAAGAAAUUUACGGAAGGCAAAACAUUUAAUAAAUGGAAAUCAGAGCUUAUAGAUGAAUGGUCCGACAUUAACAAAGACCUUCCGGAGGACUUACUUGGCCUGCUGCGUGUUUUCCGCAACAAACUGACACAUGGGGGAUUUCAUGAAGAGAUGUUCGACCGUUUUCCAGAUUUCUUCAUCAGCUUACACAGACUGGCUAUAGACAUGGGCUGGAAGUGUACCUGGUCUUAAGAUAAGCAAGGAGAACAUCAGCACCAUGGACAAGAAUUUUUAGGCUCUAGUUUGUCCAUGGAGGGGUGAAGAGACACAUGUGACCCAUCAGGGAAGCAUGUGUCACCACUCUCAUUUUCACACUUCUCUCCUGCUCUUUAAAAGAACCGAACCCAGACCCCUUUAAGUGGACAAAGAGGUGGACCAAGUGAAAAAGGACUCAGGACUGUUCACACUGUUGCUGUUCCUGAAAGAGGACUCAGUUCCUUUUUUGGUCCACUUUAGCAGUAAUGGUGUCUCAGACCUCUUUGUGUUCUAUGGAGUAGAGAGGGGAUGAGCGCUUUUUUCCCAUAUAUAUAAUGGUUUCCCCAGUAAUGGCAGUACACAAAGCAGUGCAGCACCUGACUUUGAAACAUGCAGCACUCAAAUUUAUUCAAUGAAAUCAGAUGGCCUUUUUAAAUUUUAAUAAUCACAUUACGCUACACUCUUAAAAAUAAGGUGCCAGAAUGAACCAAAAAGGGGGUUUCGCGGCGAUGCUUUGGAGGAACCAUUUUUGGUUCCCUGAAGAACUAUUUUGUGAAAGGUUCU